GAGCGAAUUUCGCUCGCGGCAAGGGCUACAGCCACCAAGCCUGCCGCAGUUCAGAGAUGCCCAGUGCUCCUUCAGUCGGCAGCAUCAAUGCCGGCCAGCCGUCGGAGAGGAAGAAGAAGCAGCAGACCGUGGCCCAGCGUCGCGCUCAGCGGCCACUGACUUUGGUCGACCACCUGAUGGACCCGAGCUCCACGUGGACAUGCGCGGUCACCGGGGCGCAGAUCCCGUCCAACCUGAACCGCAAGGAGAAGGGGUGGGCGGCCAUCGUCGGCAGCAUCGUGUUCUGGCUCAACAAGCUCGCCGACGAGUUCGGGCGCAUGAUGCUCGACAAGAGGUUCUGGCCCACGAACCUGAUCAGGCGCUUGCGGGUGAUCCCGGACGCAUUUUACACGUGCCGACACUUGCCCACCAGCGUCGAGCACGGGUGCAAUGGGUAUGGACAGUGGUGGGUCUGUUCAUCAUGCACUAUGCGGGUCGCCUGCUGCGAGGUCAAGCCCGAGAAAGGCAAGCCGAAGGUCGACGUUUCGUGCGUCUGCAAGCGCACGACGGCCGCGCGCACCUUGUGCGGCAAGGGUUUCGCCCAGUACGGGGCCCCCUCGCAGGACUGGCAGGCCCUGGUCAACGCGCCGGCCCCGCCGCCCGGGUCGUUUCAGGGUGGAGUCACGCCAGCCGGCACUCUCCCGCCCUGGCCAGCUGCUCGCGACCGUCGGGCAGCGGAGGAGGUCUACCGAGGUCACGAGGAGGAGCAGCCAGACGCUGUGAUGGAGGAUGUAGAGGAGCAGGCUCGCCAGGUGAGGGCUCAGAGGCGCGAGGACUCGAGUCGGGCCCCUGCCAAGCGCCCCAUGAUCGAAGGGGCGGCGAGCUCGGACGAUGCCGGCAUUUCCGAGGAGACGCUCCAGAUCCUCAAGAACCUCGCGGCCAAGCAGGAGGCACAGGACCGCGUGAUUGCAGGCCUGCAGAGCACCAUCUCGGGGCAGAUGAACGCUUUGGCCACGAUGCGGUCGCAGCUCCAGUCGAACUCGCAGCCAGGGGCGCCGCUGAGGCAGCAGCCCGAGUUCCCCCCGCAGCAGGUGCCGCCGCAGCCCACCUUGGCGCACCAGCUCAGCCCGCAGCCAGUCCCAUUGGCGAGCGCUCCGGCGCGAGGGCCGGGACGCGGCGGGGCAGCAGCGGUGACGGGCCAGAUGGGCGAAGUCGGUCGCCAGGGGCCUCCGGAUCUACAUCAGCCAGCAGGAGUUCCUCCCGGCGUGCCGCAGAUGUCGAUUGCCACGCCGCCCACGCAGGUCAGGCAGACGAUCGGGAUCGGCAUGACACCCCAGGUAGCGGCCGCAGCGGGCCCGUCGGUUCCGUGGCCGCCGCCAAAGGGGCAUGCGGCGUCAACGAGGAGCCUGCUGAAGAAGGACACCGCCAACCCGAGGGGCAUCCGCGACAAGGAGGGUCAGCUGGUGUCUUCGUCCACCAUCAGCAGCAUAGCGACGUUUCCUUCUGUUCAGCCAUCGCAGGAGCCGGCGCCAGCCACGCCGGCGGGGCAUCCCACGGCGACCGCCUGGCAGCGGGAGACUCCGCAGCCACGGGAGCGUCCUGGUCGCCCACAGAAAGCCUCAGACGCGGCCUGGCAGCGGUCCGAGGACGAGCGUGCCUGGGAGGCCCAGGAGCACCAGAAGGACGUGGAGAAGCGCAGGCUGGCCCAGGAGGGCUGGACUCCGACGGGGUGGCAGGACUGCCGCUGCGACAGCAGCGACGCCAAGUG